AUGGCGAUGCCAGGAGGGAUGCCCAUGAUGGUGAUGAACACCGGGCCUGAGCGCCAGCAGGGCCGCAAGGCGCAGACCGCCAACAUUGUUGCUGCCAAGACCGUCGCCGACGUGAUUCGGACAUGUCUCGGUCCCAAAGCGAUGCUCAAGAUGGUCCUUGACCCUAUGGGCGGCAUCUUGCUCACGAACGACGGCCACGCGAUCCUGCGUGAGAUCGACGUCGCGCACCCCGCUGCCAAGUCGAUGAUUGAGCUGUCACGCACGCAGGAUGAGGAGGUCGGUGACGGCACGACGUCAGUCAUCAUCAUUGCAGGCGAGAUCCUCGCGUACUCACUGCCUCUGCUCGAGCGCCACAUCCACCCCGUCGUUAUCAUCCGGGCGUUCAAGGGCGCACUCGAGGAGGCUCUCGAGACCAUCAAGAGGAUCUCAGUGCCAGUCGAUGUGUCGUCUGAGAAGGACAUGCUCGCGAUCAUCAAGACAUCUAUCGGCACCAAGUUUGUGAGCCGCUGGUCCGAUCUCAUGUGCCACCUCGCGCUUGACGCGAUCAAGACGGUCGCGGUCACCGCCGAGGCCGAGAACGGGCUCGUGGGCAGCGGCGCGGGCGGCAAGGAGCUCAACAUUAAGACGAUCGACAUCAAGCGCUACGCGCGUGUUGAGAAGGUGCCUGGUGGUGAGAUCGAGGAGUCGCGCGUGCUCAAGGGUGUCAUGGUCAACAAGGACGUGACCCACCCCAAGAUGCGCAGGCGGAUCGAGAACCCGCGCAUCAUCCUCCUCGACUGCCCGCUCGAGUAUAAGAAGGGCGAGUCGCAGACCAACAUUGAGAUCUCGAAGGAGGAGGACUGGAACCGCUUCCUCCAGAUCGAGGAGGAGCAGAUCAAGGCCAUGUGCGACAAGAUUGCCGAGUUCAAGCCUGACGUCGUGUUCACUGAGAAGGGUGUGUCCGACCUCGCGCAGCACUACUUCCUCAAGGCCGACCCGCCCAUUACCGCCAUCCGCCGCGUGAGGAAAUCGGACAACAACCGUAUCGCGCGUGCGGUCGGCGCGACCAUUGUCAACCGUGUCGAGGACAUCCGCGACUCGGACGUCGGUACGGGCUGCGGGCUCUUCCACAUCGAGAAGCUCGGUGAUGAGUAUUUUACCUUCCUGGACGAGUGCAAGUCGCCCAAGGCGUGCACGAUCCUUCUCCGCGGCCCGUCCAAGGACAUUCUCAACGAGAUCGACCGCAACCUUGCGGACGCGAUGAGCGUCGCCCGGAACGUCGUCUUCAACCCCCUCCUUGCGCCUGGCGGUGGUGCGACGGAGAUGGCCAUCAGCGUUGCGCUCGAGAACAAGGCCAAGACCCUCCACGGUGUUGCCGGCGCGCCAUACAAGGCCAUCGCCGACGCGCUCGAGGUCAUUCCCCGCACGCUCGUGCAGAACUGUGGCGGGAACGCGAUUCGCGCACUCACCGAGCUGCGUGCCAAGCACGCCGCCGGCGAGAACAUGUACGGUAUCGACGGCGACACGGGCAAGGUCGUCGACAUGCGCAAGUACGGCCUGCUUGAGAGUGCGAGCGUCAAGAUUCAGACGCUCAAGACUGCGAUCGAGAGCGCAACGCUCCUGCUGCGUGUCGACGACAUUGUGUCUGCGCGCAGGCCCGACGAGCAGCGUGGUGGCGUCCAGACCAUGGCCGACGGACAGGCCGAGGACCUCCAACCCGACGGGCCUCAGAUGUAA